AUGUACAUGCAAUUAGAUGUCGCUACUGAUGUCUACCCAAUGCAUGUUGGUGACAAGUUCACCAUGGUUUUAGCUCCUACACUGAAUCUGGAUGGGACUCCAGACACUGGCUUCUAUACACAGGCUGGUAGGAAAACACUUGCUGACAAGUAUGACUAUGUUAUGCAUGGAAAGCUUUACAAGAUUUCAGAGGACAUUUCCAGUGAAAAAGAAGCUACUAAAGUGUAUGACUUCUCUGAACUCUAG